UGGCCCUAUGCUGUAUUCUCCACGAUGGUGUCCUAGGUGUAGUUUUCCCCUAUUUUGUUCCCCCAUAGUUUUCUUGUGUUUUUUGUUUUUCUUUGGGACCUAGCCCCUCGUUUGCACCCCAAAAAAAAAAAAAAAAAAAAAAAAAAAAACAUGAUAAAGUGAACAACAUGAAACCUAAACGAUCAUCCAUAAACCAUAAUGGAGGAGAACCUCAAAACGGAAUACAACGAAUGGGCCAACACAACACAAAGCAGCAACGGACAAUUAUUUAGAGGACCCAGAUUCUUCAUCAAAAAAUCAUUAUUACAGAGUACAAAUUACAAUCAACAUCAUUUUGGGUGAACUGUUAGCCGGCAAAGCCAAGGAAUCCGAAUAACGAGUUUUUGACUACUUUUAGAGACCCAAAAAUCCAGGAAACUGCCCGUUUUUUUAAUCUUUUUUUCCUUAUUCCUUAUUAAAAUUGGUGAACCGUUCUUUUCCCUUAAUAAAACGGUUGCAUUCUUAUUUCAUUUCAUUCACCACCUUAUAAAUCAAUCAUCAAUUCUUUACAAACUUUAUUAAAUUUUACUGUAUUUUUUUCGGUUCCAACCCAUGAUUCUCUUCAUCUUCAUGCAAAUUCACCUGAAAAAUUAUCUGGGGUUUUGGUGAAGAAUGGCCCAUCCGCCGGAAAUGGAAUUCCGGCCGUUUAAUAGGUGGGCUCCAUGGGUGGUUCCGUCGUUUGUGGUGGUGAAUGUGUUGUUGUUUUUGAUAACAAUGUAUGUGAAUGAUUGCCCGAAGUAUUCUUUCUCUUGCUUUGCGAGGUUUUUGGGAAGGUUCUCUUUUCAACCUCUCAAGGAAAACCCUCUUCUUGGUCCUUCUUCUGCUGCGUUGGAGAAGAUGGGAGCUUUGGAGGUGUAUAAGGUUGUGAUACAACAUCAAGCUUGGCGGUUGAUUACCAGCAUAUGGCUUCAUGCUGGGGUAGUACAUAUCCUUGCCAAUAUGUUGAGCCUUGUAUUUAUUGGCAUACGACUUGAGCAAGAGUUUGGUUUUGUAAAGAUAGGUUUGUUGUAUGUAAUCUCUGGUUUUGGUGCAAACAUAUUGUCAUCUUUGUUUCUCCAAUCUGCAAUCUCUGUUGGUGCUUCUGGUGCAUUAUUUGGUCUUCUAGGGGCUAUGCUCUCUGAGCUGCUUACAAAUUGGACAAUUUAUGCGAACAAGUUGGCAGCUUUGUUGACCCUUAUAUUGAUCAUCAUUUUGAAUCUGGCUGUUGGAGUUCUCCCUCAUGUGGACAAUUUUGCUCAUAUUGGUGGAUUUAUCACAGGAUUUUUUCUUGGAUUUAUGCUUUUGAUUCGCCCGCAAUAUGGAUGGGUGAGCCAAAAGCAUACUUAUAUAGGCUCUUCUGCUGGACCUCGUAAAUCUAAGCACAAGCCAUAUCAAUACGUACUUUGGAUCGUCGCUGCUGUAGUCUUGAUUGGCGGAUUUACGGGUGGACUUGUGAUGCUUUUUAGAGGAGUAAAUGGGAAUGACUAUUGUUCAUGGUGCCAUUAUUUGAGCUGUAUUCCUUCUUCUAAAUGGAGCUGCAAGUCGCAACAACUGCUUUGUGAGUCGAUGGAGCUCGGAGAUAAAGUGAACGUGACAUGCCUCAGCAGUGGACGAAGCCACAUAUAUCCAUUGAUAGAUGAUAACUCUUCCCGGGUUCAACGACUUUGCUCUCAGCUUUGCAGUUGACCCUUCUUUAGGCUCUUAUCCUAAGGACUUGGUUGUACUUAUAGCUGCCUUGGCAAGAGAAGGCUUUUAUACAUUGUACAUUGUUAUCAAAUCUUUAAUAUAGGAAAUUAUGCUAUCAUGUCUCUCCAUUGGUCUUAUAACUUUUCGUCUCCCAAUUGCCUUAUCGAUUGGUUUAAACUUUCAAAUUUUUUAUGUA